CGACUCCAUCCAGCGCCCACCGAAUUCCGAGCUGCUGCCAGAAGAAAUCGGCGUGGGGGUUAGGUCCGUGGGUCCCCCCUUUUCGAUAAAAUCCGGCAAUCUCUCCUUUCCUCAGACGGCCCACUUCCUGACUGUAGAGGACCAGCGGACCAUGAUUUGUUAAAGAGGGCAACAAUCAGACAGGAGAGACAGAUGAGACAGGAAGAGACACCAUGACUGGCGGUAACGACGAAUCGCUCUUUCUUGGCCUCGAUGCCUCAACACAGGCGCUCAAGGCUUCGCUCGUUGAUUCGCUUCUCGUCGUAGUCGAUGAGGUCGAGGUUCGCUUUGAUUCGGACCUGCCUCACUACCACACCAGGGGUGGCACCUUACCUUCGGAAGCAGCAGAUGGUCAAGUGCACUCGCCAGUGGCCAUGCUCGUUGAGGCAUUCGACGUCCUCUUUGACCGCAUCAAGCAAGCCAGCUGGCCAGUCCACCGAAUCGUUUCGAUAAGCGCUGCUGGCCAGCAGCAUGCCUCCGUCUAUUGGUCUCGCAGCGCCAUCCAGGCUUUGGCGUCGGCAAACGAUCCCAGCAAGAAGCUCUCGGAGCAGAUUACUGCCACUGCAUUCUCGAGGCAAACGGUUCCCAGCUGGCAAGACAGCAGCACCCUCGCUGAAUGCGAAGCCUUGGAAGCGCAGUUUCCAGGCGGCGCACAGGGAUUGAUCCAUGCCACCGGGUCCAAGGCCCAUGCCAGAUUCACGGGACCUCAGAUCAUGCGCUUCCGCAGGCUCAAUCCACGGGCAUACGAGGAGACGAGUCGGAUCAGCCUCGUGAGCUCCUUCGUCACGACGCUCCUCUGCCUCGAUGGAGAGGUCAAGCCCGUGGAUGAAUCGGAUGCUUGUGGCAUGAACAUGUGGGACAUUCCAUCGCAGCAGUGGAGCCAGGAUGCCCUCAGCAUCAUCUCGGCCGGUCAGCCUGCCGAACUCGAAUCCAAGUUGGGAUUCGUCGAGCUGGAUGCGGCAAGGCCCGUUGGAAAGAUCAGUCGCUGGCUCCAGCUCCGCUACGGCUUCGAUCAGAGUUGCAUCGUCUGCUCAGCCACGGGCGACAACCCAGCCACGUUCCUCAGCUUCACCCUGAAUCAAGCAGAGGCGCUCGUCUCCCUGGGCACCUCCGACACUCUCUUGGUGUCUACAAACCAGUAUUGCCCCCAUGGGGAAUACCAUGCAUUUACCCAUCCUGCUCAGUCGCCUGGGAGAGAGAGGAGAUACUUCAACAUGCUCGUCUACAAGAAUGGCUCCUUGGCCCGCGAAUAUGUUCGAGACAGGCACUACCAGUCGUCUUGGGACGAAUUCAAUCAGUCCAUCAUCGCCCAAUGUUCCCGGAAAGGCGACGUUACAAGGACAGGCUUCUGGUGGCUGAAGCCCGAAAUCAUCCCCGCAAAUGCGAGAGGAACAUACAAGUUCGAGUCGACGACAUCUUCCCCGAUCUCGCAAAGUCUCGUCGACGAAUUCACGAAUGAAUCGGCAAAUGCUCUGGCGAUGCUGGAAUCGCAAUUCUCUAGCUUCCGCGUCCGUUCCUCCUCCAUUCUCUCUUCGUCCGAUACCUCUGGACAAGAGGAGUCGGAGGGCGGUGCGAGGCUGAAGCGAGUGUAUGCAUCCGGCGGCGCAUCCAAGAAUCUGACGCUGCUGAGCGUCUUGGCCAACGUUAUGGGAUGCGAGAUUGUCAAGCCUUCCACAUCUGGCAGUGGCAGAGAGGCAAACGCUUGCAGUGUAGGUGCAGCGUACAAGGCGGCCUGGGCUCAUGCUCGGAACCGGGACGGUGGUGACGUUGCCUUUGACGACUUUGUCAAUGCUUUACGGAGCAAGAGGUCAGACGGCGAACACCACUUCGUUGUCGUCGCCACUCCAGACCGGGUGACAACCAAGAGACUCGGGUACGAUGAAGAGAGAUUCAAGCAGUGGAGAAGCUUCGAGGCAGAGGCUUUGGCCUUGUCGGCUUCCUCUGGUUGCUAAUUGCUGAAUUAGAGGGAAUGAGGCUGUUUUACACUACAUUGGGCGUCUACAAUCUAUUGUAUCAAAGGU